AUGCGCUCCCUGGUUAUCUCAGUACUGUUGUACACCUGCGAAACCUGGACACUGACAGCGGACAUCCUGAAGAAAUUACAGGCCACUGAGAUGAGAUGCUUUAGGAAACUGCUUGGCAUCUCAUACAGUGACCUCAUCACUAACGAUGCAGUCAGAGACAGAAUCAGACAAGCCGUUGGGCCGUAUGAUGACAUCUUAAACACGGUACAGAAACGCAAGUUAAAGUGGUUUGGGUAUGUAUUAAGAACAGCAGGACUUGCCAAGACAAUUUUACAAGGAACAGAGCUAGGAGGGAGAAGGAGGGGCUGACAGAAGAAGAGUUGGGCAAAUAAUAUUUCUGAGUGGACACGUCCUAGGAAAAUCUGAAUCAAAACUAAAUGGAGGAAAGGAUUGCUUGGUCCUUGGCGCCCAUACGGUCACCAUGACUACGAGAUAGGUGCAAGGAGCAAGACUUGUUUAUCCCAAUUAAAUACCGCAGCGGAAAUUCCACGCUUCGCCCGCACUUUAUGAGGAAUGUUUCGGUAUGAUUGUAGCCUGCAUAGCAGACGCCAGUUUGUUUUUUAGGGCGAAGAAAGAAAUUCCAAGGAAGUGUGUUCCCUUCGCGCGGCCUCGAAAAAAAAUAACCGGCGCUUGCUACGUAAGCUACAUAAUUAUAUCAUUCUCUUUGCAAUCAGCAAACGUUCUACGUUGUUAGGGUACUUAGCAAUUCAAAUAAUAUAAUAAUAAUAAUAAUAAAUGUUAUUAUUAUUAUUAUUAUUAUUAUUAUUAUAAAAUAAUUUUUGUAAAAAAUUUUAACAUAAAAACAAAAAUAAUGAAAGAAAGAAAGAAAAAGAAACCGGUACAUUGUCCAAUCUGUGUGCUGAAACGUUGUCACCUCCCUAUAUUUCGAGCCCAAGCCUAAUUUAUCGAAGACACUUGAAUUGAAGGUUUGCUUAUGCGACUUGUUAUUUUUGUAAGCACUAUUUUAAAACAUAAGCAAGCGAAUAUUAACGUUAAAAGCCGACGUUUCGGUAUAAUCAUGACACCAUUCUCACGGCAAAAUGAAUAAAUAAUGCGAAGAUUUGAUUUCUAUAGUCUCUAUAAAUUAGCAUAAGAACAAAGGAUCACAAGUUCUUCAAGUGAAUACCUUUGCGCGAAUCGAGUCCGCCUGCACGUUUAGGGAUGGUUUGAGUUCUCUUAUAAAGAGCAUCUCCUUAAUUAGGCAAUCAAAUUUGUUAGAGCCUUUAGUGAGCACGUGAAAUUGUUCUGAAAGAACAGGUGGUACGCCCGAGUUAUGUUCGCUAAAAUAAUGUUUACAAAUUGACGACCAUUUCUGUUUGUGUCCAUCAACACGUUCGUGGAGGUGGCCGCGAGUAUAACCAACAUAUCCUGCAUCGCACAGGUUACAUUGAAAUUGAUAAACUAAACAUUGUUGGUUAACAAUAGCUGGCUUGACUUCUCGAAAUUUAAGGUCUUCGUUGAGAUUUCUGCUGAUGAACACAGGCUGAAUAGUGGUCGUGAUUUUUAAGCUGAGGUCUGUGAGACCUUUGCAGCUAAAUUUACUGAAUAUUACAGUAUCCGAUUAUUACGUGUCCUGGUCAAAGGUGAAAAGAAAGGAAAGGAGCCGUCCGUUUUUAUUUGUUUGUUUUUUUGUUUUACCUUGCAAAAUUAAUCAAUCGCGGAGCAUUUGGUUCUAUCGUGUCAGUGUCAUGUCUGGAGUCUGAAACAAGCCCGGGAAGUCUGUGUAGAUCUCCAUGAUCACGGGAAUCACAACAGUCCCUCCCAUUAAAGUUCUAGUUCCAUUACUGGGUCAUUAUCUUAUUCUGCGGAACUCUAGAUUGUUUUAUUGCAAUUAUGAGGGAUGAAUAGUCAACUUUGUUAUCCGACGCAAAUCAACAUAAGGAUUCAAGAUAAUUCAAGAAAGUUUAGUCGCCGAGAAUAGCUACGCAUUACUGUUUUCAAAAUGAAAUCUUGUCCACCAAAUUCCAGUUACGUCACAAUUCAAAGCAACAAACACUUCAAACAAAUUCAAAAGCUCGAAGCCAUGGGCGCGAUCCAUUCAACCAAAAUUUCCGGAAAUUUCAGUCCAAAACUCAAUGGAUCGGUUCGGUCCAACCGGAAACGUUUCGAAAAACGGGUCCACCUUUUGAGGUGGACCACUUUUCCCGGUCGGACCGGUUGGAAUUUUGGUUGAAUGGAUCGCGCCCAUGGCUUCGAGCUUUUGAAUUGUUUGCCACCGGAAAAGCAGUCAAAAAUGUCGAUCAGAAAAAGGCUUUAUUGCUGCACACUGCCGGAUUAAAUGUGCAAGAUAUUUAUUUCACGUUGACCGAAGAAGGAGGAUCAGAUAGCUAUCAGAAAGCAAAGGCGACCUUGAAUAAAUGUUUCAAACCGCAAGUGAAUGUUCCGUAUGAAAAGCUUUGUUUUCGUGAAAAAGGCCAACUGGCAAACGAAACCGUCGAACAGUUUGUUACCAGACUGAGACAAAAAGCCCAAACCUGCGAAUUCGGAGACGCUGCUACUGUGAAUGAGCAAAUUCGUGAUCAAGUGACAAGCAAUUGCUUGUCGCACGAACCCCGUCGGAAGUUACUGCAUAAGGGUCGAAACUUGACACUACCACAAUUAAGAGAAAUUGCUCGUUCUAUGGAGGAAUCUGAAAAACAGGCCCGUUAA